UAUCUAAUAUGUUGUCAUCACAUCGUUUACACUUUACUUUAACGGAACAGACACAUAUACCAUACGUACAGGUAUACAUUACUAAAUGUAUAUACUUUGCCACAUGGUAACAUAGAACAAUGACCAACGUAUCGCAUUUACCUGCGCAACACUGUACCGUGACGUCAGCAGAUGUAAAUUUGUAAACAACACGGAACUAAAAAAACGUUUUGAGGAAUAAAACUCGUUUUUGCAACUGUUAUUCGUAGGUAAAUCAAAGUUUUUGUUAUUGAUAUCUGGUAUACUUGCUGAUUUGUCGUAAGGAUGGUUGAAUCCGACGAAGAAUUGAUUUUGGACGAGAAUUUGAGGGACAAAACACGAGAAGGUUUCAAGGACAAUUGUGUCAACGGUCUUGGGAUCACCCACAUCGUGUUUGGCGUGUUGUCAUUAUGUCUUGGUAUAUCGGCAGCAGUGUACGCGGCUUGUGCAUCGGGGUUUUACAGAUGGCCGAGAUAUUACAGCUAUUUCCACGUUGCUUACGUAUGCAGCGGGGUAUGGUGUGGUUUAAUGUCAAUCACGGUCGGAAUCAUCAGUAUUUUUGCCGCAAGAAGGAAAACAACAUGUAUGAUCGUAUGUUUGAUGGCAAUCGCAACCGUGGCAACGAUAUUUGCCAUCGCACAAGUGACACUCGCUGUGUUUGGAGCGAUCUUCUCCGUGACCCCUCGAGUGUACGUUCCUGGAUACCACCCGUAUGAUAUAUACAACAACAAUGAUCUCAACAACGAUUACAACAAUGGUUAUAACGAUUUUAAUGAUGAAUCUGUUGAUUAUGAAACGACAACCGUGAGAACGACAACCUUAUCCACUCCACCCAUCACACCUCCCCUAUCACCCUUUCCUGGUCUCACUAUCAUUCAUUGUCUCAUUGGCUUACUUGGUUUGGUGGAAUUUGUGUUAUUUAUUGUGUCUGCUGCACUGACAUGCAAUACAACUUGUUGCAGAAAAAUGAGCACAGAAUUCUACCAAAGCUUCGUACGUGUUCAACCCCAGAUCCAAUUGAACAACAUUCCCCAACCAACAGGUGCAGACGGUCAGUUGUGCUUCAUUCAACAGCCAAAUGGAACCAUCGUCCCAAUGCAACAAAAUGCCAUGCAAGCACAAGUUAUAAUGCCACAAAACAUUAUGCCCCGGCAAGUUAUAAUACCACAACAAAACAUCAUGCCACAACAAAACGCCAUGCCACAACAAAACGCCAUGCCACAACAAAACGCCAUGCCACAACAAAACGCCAUGCCACAACAAAACGCCAUGCCACAACAAAACGCCAUGCCACAACAAAACGCCAUGCCACAACAAAACGCCAUGCCACAACAAAACGCCAUGCCACCACAAAACGCCAUGCCACAACAAAACGCCAUGCCACAACAAAACGCCAUGCCACAAAUCCUUGAAGCAGCCCAGGGUGAUAAAGACACGGACCUGCUGGUGGUAAUUUAGAAUCUUCAAUGAUCCCUGCGAUGUAAAUAAGCUUACACGCGCCUUCUGUUGUACAUAUGCAACUCUGCAUAACUAACCCCACAUUCUUCAUUCAGCAGAAUGACGAUUAAUAAACCAGUUCUGGAUUUCAAUUAGAACCCAGCAUUGCGCCAUUCCAAAAGGUCGAUAACUAUUUCAAGUUGACUGGCACGGCGUUCUAGUAGUUGAGAUACUUUGAACCCAGCUUGCGAUAUUGUGAAUUUCUUUGUUAUCUGAAUUACCUUACAAUUUCAACCAUGGUUAAAACAAUAGACAUACAAUGCACAUUAUUAUCAUUAUACACAACUUCUGUAAUGUUUUAUUCUAUUUCACACUUUCCACAGCAAUUUAGUUAUUUGUACGAAUAAAAACUGUAACAUAA